AUGAAGGGCGCUACAGUUUUUAUCUUUAUGGCCGCAGUCGCCUUAGCAUCGGCCCAGCAGUACACUGAUCGUUUCGACGGCGUCAAUGUUGACGAAGUAAUAAUGAAUCCUCGACUGCUUGACGCCUACAUCAAAUGCGCCCUUGAAAUUGGCAAGUGUACAGCUGAAGGCCGCGAGCUUAAAUCUCAUAUUCAGGACGCUCUUGAAAACAAUUGCGCACACUGUACAAAAAUCCAACGCGGCUGGGUGCAUAAAGUAAUAGGCCAUCUUAUCAACAACAAACCAGAAUAUUGGCAGCGACUUGUUGACAAGUACGACCCAAAGCGCACCUACACUGUCAAAUACGAGAAAGAUCUUAAGACUAUUAAGGCUUAA